AUCAUAGUCCCUACGCACAACAGACUUCGCUGUUGAAGGAGGAGUAUCCGUGCAACUGAAUUGGUUACGAGACUUGAAUGCUUUGAGGGAUAGCAUUUAAAAACACACUUUACCGCAUUAUUCAGCUUGCAUGAGUUUGACUUUUAUUUACAAAUAUUGUUAGAUAUAUGAACUACCUCGUUUUGUAUGGAACGUUUUUGAUCUAUUGGGUGAACAAGCGGGACAAGCACUGCAUUACAAUUGCAGACUUUCUCAUGGCACCUUGGGAUAUGUUUUAGCCGUGUUGGGGAACAUUAUUUUGUAAUUUAUUUAACGUGCAACACUGGUCUCCAGCAUGAAGAGCUCAAUAGGUACAGUAACGACGCAAUCUCUGCAGUCCUCCCCUAGACCUGCUCGCAAGAGCGAGUGGCUGCGAAGCGCCCUGGCCCACCAUCACAGCCCCGACCCCGGCGUGGAGAACGAGAUAUUAGUCCUGGCCACCGGGAUCGAUCAGUACCUCCAGGAAGUAUUCCACCACCUGGCUUAUCCCAACCAGGACGAUGUGAUCUCCGCAGAAGACUUCAAGUUGCUCUGUUCAGUACUGGGGCUUACUGGAGAAGAGAAUGAGACAAGGGAUGGAGAGAAGGUAGUAGAUGAGGAGGGUCGCGGAAUCUGUUCUGGGCUCCCUCGCGAACUGGCAUUUAGAGACUUCCAUUCGCGGCUCUGCGGGUAUUUCCGCGUCCGAGCGCGCGAUAUAACUGGACAGGGUGUCAUGCGCCUCCCAGUUACGCAUGAGACCGAGCACAUCGAGCGCGAGAUCCGUGUUCGGUGGCCGCGGGUACGGCGGAGGAAAUGUGUCAGUUUCGAUUUAACCAGAAACCAUCUCGGGAGUAGGCCGGCACCGAAGGCGUUUAACCAUUCAGCCAAACUACAUAAUGAGACAGGUCAGACAGAAGCGGAGUGUUUGGCUCUGAGGGAGCUGGUUGAGGACCUGCGCUCUGCUCUACAGGGCAGUGAUGCUCGCUGCCUUGCUCUGGAGGUCGCAUUACGACGACAGAGGUGCCCAGCCAGGCUUACCAUGCACCACACCAGUGUAACGACUUCCAACAAUCUGACACACUCAAACAUACCAACCCCUAAUGUGCAGAAGCGACUGUGUGGUGUGGGGAAAGAAAAUGUAUCAGGGAGACUGGGCUCCAAAGACCCUAUCCUCAGGGAGCUGCAGCUGAUUCGGUCCUCACGUGAUGGACAGCUGGAUGAAGCAAUCAGGUUUAAUCAGCGGCUGGAACAGGAGCUUGGCUGGGCCUAUGGGGAAGUUCAGAGGCUGGAGAAGGUGGAAUCUCAUUUACAAAGGGAGAACACUGAGAUAAGGUGGAGAGCAAAGCAGGUGAGGAAUGCUCUCAGAGAGGGGCUCCAGAAGGUGCGGCUGAUCCAGGACCAGGCUCAGGAGGUCCCUAUGCUUCAGAGCAGAGUCACACAGCUGGAGACAGAAGUGGAGGAGUACAGAUCACGGUGCACCUCCAGGGGAAGCCUUGUCUCACUGCCUCUAGAGCCUGUGGAUGACACCGGCCUUCAGCGGGCUGUGGAGGGGAGAGCUGCCUCAGACGAGGAAGAGGAGGAGAGGGAGAAUGAGGAGGUGAAGGUGAGAGAGGCUGGACAAUGCUGCCUGCUAGAGGUUAAGAGACUCAUCGGCAGACUUCACACCUGUGGUAAAGGGUGUCAGCACACAACAGCACACCACCUGCUGCUCUCUCAUAGGCUCUGCCAUGACAACUACAACCAUCCCCAUGGCAAUGACCUCCAAACGAGCCCCAGGGCGUGGGGCCACAAUGGUCACAAUCAGGAAGAUAGGGAGUUAGAGAAGGAGGUGGAGCGGUUGAGGUUGGAGGUUCAGACGGUCGAGAAAGAGAGAGCACGUCUGUCAGCGUUGGAGGAGAAACUUACAGAUGCUCUAACGCUGCUACAGCAACUACGCAGCAAGGGUGUCUCUCGUAGGGCUCUGGGGAAGAUGUUGACGGACACUCUGGAUGUCUGCAGCAGGAGUGGCCCCGGCUCCUCCUAUGUCAUGGAGGUGGCCACUACCCUCUGUGCCCAGCUGUCGUCCAGUGAGCUGCUGAGAGAUGGGGGAGGAGGGGGAGGGGGAAGAGGACAGGGGCCAGUUGCUGUGCCCCCCAGCCAGAGAACCUUCAGCCCCACCAAUCCCCUGCUCAUCUCCUGUUGAGGAACACACAACCCUCUCACAACUCCCUAAACUGUCCUCCAUGAACACCACAUAACUAGUCUACUGUAUGUUCCAGAGAACACUCCUCCAACACCUCCUGUCUCCUCCUUAUUGUAGAUAGACUGUAAGGAAAUACAGGAUUCUGUAGAUCUGGGCCUGUCUGUUUACAACUGAAUUACUGAAGCUUUAGCCAUUACUUUCAAUGUCUUUCCAUUAGGUAUGUGUUACUAAUGUGGCACACUGAGUAUGUCAUAAUUAUGUUUAUUUAAGCUUGUUAAUAUUUGAAUAUUUAUACUGAGGAGAAAAGUAUAAUUAUCUAUGUAAAUGAAAUAUUGUUUUUGUCUUUCCAGGUCCUUAAAAUGUAGAGAAACUAGUAUAGGCUGUAUAACAAUGUUCGUUAGAUUUACUGGUACUCUAUUUCAGGUGCAUUAUUUCCUCCUCUAGUCAUUAUUCAUCAUAUCUGUCAAUGUAAAACACCUCAUGCGAGGCACCAGGAAGAUUUUAGACAUAAUUACAAUUAUUGUAGAAUAUUUAAUAAUAAAACCUAA